AUGACGGAAAGGUUACGUAUUCUAGUCAUUGGUUCCGGCGGUCGAGAACAUGCUCUCGCCUGGAAAUUGGCAAAAUCCCCGUUUGUUGAUGUAGUCCAUAUUGCCCCUGGCAACGGAGGGACAGAGUCCGACAAUGUUAUCAACAUCAAGAUAUCUGCCAAUGACUUCACAGAAUUAGUCUCCCAUGCUAGGAAGCAUGGUCUGAAUUUGGUGGUAGUUGGUCCAGAGGCGCCUCUGGUCGCUGGUAUUGAAGGAUCUUUUCGAGCCGUUGGUAUUCGCUGCUUCGGACCAAGCAAGGCUGCUGCAAGAAUGGAAGGAUCCAAAACAUUCUCAAAGGAUUUCAUGCAACGACAUGGAAUUCCUACGGCGGCAUUCCGAAAUUUCAAUGAGUACGAGCCAGCUCGCCAGUAUCUGGAUUCGGUCACGCAUGACGUCGUCAUCAAAGCAGACGGACUCGCUGCAGGGAAAGGUGUCAUUAUUCCAACCACAAAGGAGGAGGCACGCGAUGCCCUGAAGAAGAUCAUGGUUGCACGAGAAUUUGGUUCGGCUGGGUCACAAGUCGUCAUCGAGGAAUAUCUGGAAGGUGAGGAGUUGAGUGUGCUAUCAUUCAGCGAUGGCUACACGAUAAGGUCACUCCCCCCUGCCCAAGACCACAAACGGGCUCUGGAUGGGGAUCGAGGCCCAAAUACUGGUGGCAUGGGCUGCUAUGCGCCGACGAGAGUAGCUUCAAAAGAGCUGAUUGCUCAGAUCGACCGGGAAAUCGUCCAGCCCACUAUUGACUGUAUGAGACGAGAAGGCAUGCCUUUUGUCGGUAUGCUUUUUACUGGUUUGAUGAUCACCAAGGACGGACCGAAAGUGCUCGAGUACAAUGUCAGAGGAGGCGACCCGGAGACACAGACUCUACUCCCGCUUCUGAGCGAUGACACGGAUCUUGCUAAAGUUAUGCAGGCUUGCACAGAACAUUGGCUGGAUGGUGUUGAUCUCAAAAUUGAACCCAAAUUCGCUGCCACAGUGGUUGCUUGCGCUGAAGGCUACCCUGAGACAUACGCGAAGAAUAGGCCAAUCACCUUACACCAAACUCCAGAGGACACGUUCAUCUUCCAUGCUGGUACGAGUAGAGACGAGAAGCAAGUGGUUUCUACAGGAGGCCGUGUCAUUGCUUCGACCUCAACAGCAGCAACCUUGGAGGAUGCAGUGGCCAGAGCAUACAGGGGAAUGGACAGUAUCAAAUUUCAAGGAAUGCACUUCAGAAAAGAUAUUGCUCAUCGGGCAUUUAAAAGAAAAGAACAAGAAAAAGGCCCGGAAAACGCUCCAAUGACAUACGCUUCCGCGGGCGUAUCUAUUGACGCAGGAAACAGCCUCAUCUCUAGAAUCAAGCCAGCAGUGAGAUCGACCUCACGUCCUGGUGCUGAUGCCAUCAUCGGUGGCUUUGGCGGAGGAUUCGAUCUGGCAAAAGCAGGUUAUCAUGAAAAGUCCCCUAUGCUCAUCGGAGCCAUCGAUGGAGUCGGGACCAAACUUAAGAUUGCGCACGCAAUGGACAUUCAUGAUACCGUUGGUGUGGAUCUGGUGGCCAUGAAUGUGAAUGACCUUGUUGUGCAAGGCGCAGAACCAUUGAUGUUUCUCGACUGCUACACUUGCAGCAUUCUCGAUGUAGACAUUGCAAGUGUCUUCAUUCGGGGUGUUUGUGAAGGUUGCAAGAUGGCUAAUUGCGCCCUUGUUGGAGGCGAAACAGCGGAAAUGCCUGGUCUGUUGAGUGGUACGGAAUAUGACGCAGUUGGCGCCGCCUUGGGAGCCAUCGAUACACCCGCCGGGAAGAGAGUGUUGCCAGAUAGAGAAAGCAUGAUUGAGGAUGACGUCCUCCUGGGCCUGGCAUCGAGCGGCAUACAUUCAAAUGGUUUCUCGUUGGUCCGGCGAAUCAUUGAAAAAAUGCACCUUGCUUUCUCAGACUCUGCACCUUGGGAUCCGGAAAUGUCGGUUGGCAAAUCACUGCUGACUCCAACACGAAUUUAUGUCGUUCCCCUAUUGCAAGCGGUCAAGCGAGACUUGAUUAAGGGGAUGGCUCACAUCACAGGCGGAGGCUUGAUAGAGAACAUACCGCGAAUGUUACCUGAUCAUCUGGCAGCGGAAAUUGACGUGACCACGUGGAAACGGCCCAGGGUUUUUAAGUGGCUUCAGCAAGCAGGCAAGGUAAACAAUGAAGAGAUGAGUCGCACCUUUAAUAAUGGGAUCGGAAUGGUCCUCGUCGUAUCAAAUGUGGCUUCUGGAGAAGUUAAGAAAAUCCUGGAAGCGGAAGGAGAAACGGUCUUCAAGGUUGGAAAUCUUGUGACCAGGGAUGAAGGCAAAGAAGGGUGUAUCCUGAAGAACCUGGAAUCCUGGGACUCAUGA